AGUUCUAGCAAUUUACUGCAGUUGACCUGUGAUCGUCAAUAUUUUGUGUGCGUGUAGUUUUUCGCCAGAUUUUCUUUUUUGUUCCACGGUGCCUCCAUCACUCCACAGCGAACCGUGAAGAUGUCGGCUCGAGAGCCCGGAUCUCGAAUCCUGAUCACUUGGCUCUGUUUACUCUCGCUGCUCCUUGGCAGUGCAACCGAGCGGGAGGGCUUCAAUGUGGAGGUAAAUUAGCACAAUUUACCGCGUUGUUCGAAGUGCGCUUUUAACUUGUAUCCAGUAAGAAAACGCAACCAUGCACAUGAUCCUCUUCUGUAUAAAGAUGGGAUUGUGCUCACGUUUACAUCAGACGAAUGAAAUUUGUAAAAAGCCAACCAAGUGACAAAAGUUGCAACUAAUGUGCAAGGCAAUUGAUUUCCCAUUCCGUUUUUGAACUGUUCUUUUCAUUAAAAUAACACAUCAGAAAUGAGCAAUUCAUGGCAAGUAAUUAAAUAUCUGGGCUGUUUUUUUUUUUUUUUGCACUUGGUGUAAUGCUUACAAAGUGGAUCAAUUCUAGUCACCUUCCCCACUACGACAUUUGCCAUGCUGUAAAUUCAGAACUACACGUUUACUGUCCACGUGCACAUUUAUGGGUGUGUGUGUGUUUCGCCUCCAUGCUGCGCGCACACAGUUGAAGUCUUGCCACUGCUGCCAGGUGAAGGCUUCUCAAAUGGUCCGUCUUAGAAAGCCACGAACAUCCGUCCUCCUGUCCCGAUCACGUGGCUCCAUGUGCUCCACGUGACUGUCGACGAACCCCCAGCACUCAGUCACAGGUCAUCUUGACGUUGUCAUGCGCUUCCAUAACAUCUGUUCACAUCCUUUUAUUUUGGGCUGUCACUGCAGAGAAGGCGCAGGAAUGUGGCGUGGCUUCGUCAGUUCGGCUACCUCUCUCAGGCGAGUCGACGGAUGUCCACUAUGCAGUCAGCUCAGACCCUGUCCCGAGCCACCAGUGACAUGCAGCGCUUCUACGGCUUGGAGGUGACCGGAACGUCGGACGCCGCCACUGUCGCGGCCAUGCGUCGACCCCGUUGCGGCCUCCCAGACAAAAAAGCCGACACGGAUGACGGUGCGAGGAGGAGACGCUACGCUCUCACAGGACAACGGUGGGACAAGGACCGCAUUACCUACAGUGUAUUGGACCAGCACAUCCCAGUGUCCCUGGGCGCGCAGAAGACAUCCGAUGCAAUCCGCAGAGCCUUCGAUGUGUGGCAAAGGGCCGCAGCGCUCACCUUCCACGUGCUACCAGCUCAACGCGGCAACGGCAGCCGGGAACAGCUCGCAGACAUCCUGUUGUUGUUUGCUUCUGGUUUCCAUGGUGACAUGUCCUUGUUUGACGGCGAGGGGGGCUCACUGGCCCAUGCCUUCUACCCUGGGCCCGCAACGGGCGGGGAUACACACUUUGAUGCAGAUGAGCCUUGGACGUUGGACAGUCCGAACCACCAAGGUAUUGACCUCUUCCUGGUUGCGGUGCACGAACUCGGUCACGCUUUAGGUCUGGAGCACUCCGACAAUCCCGAUGCCGUCAUGGCUCCUCUCUACCGGUGGAUUCAUACGCACAACUUCACACUGCACGAGGAUGACAUCCGGGGAAUACAGCACAUAUAUGGUCCCCCUCGUGUCAGUGAGGCUCCUCCCACCUCCGGUGGUGAUCAGGAACAUGCAUUGCCCGCCUCCCUUUCUCCCCCUGAGGAGAAAACCAGCCGCCCUCCCCCAGUUGAUGCCGAACCUGACAGCCCGAGCCCCACCGAAGGAAGCCGACACGUCCCCGGCGAGCCCGAACCGACCACCCGUCCCGUAAUCCCCACCGCCUCCCGUUCCGAAGUCACACCGCCCAUCGGAAAGGACGUGCCCCUUCCUCCGCCUACUCGCCGGCCUCCUAAGCGGCCGGAUAACGAGGCUCCCGAUAUCUGUGAUGGAGACUUUGACACUGUGACACUUCUGAGGGGGGAGAUGUUUGUGUUCAAAGGUCGCUGGUUUUGGCGCGUGCGGAGGAACCGGGUCCUGGACAACUAUCCCAUGCCGAUAUCGGUCUUCUGGGUUGGUCUUCCGAGCGACGUCGAUGCAGCUUAUGAACGCCACGAUGGCAAAUUUGUCUUCUUUAAAGAUGAUCAGUACUGGGUGUUUCGGGAAGCUGACGUCCUACCGGGAUACCCGCAGCCCAUUCGGGAAUAUGGUCACGGAGUUCCGCCGCACGGCAUCGACACAGCGGUCUGGUGGGAGCCCAAUGGAUACACCUACUUUUUCUCCGAUGACCGGUACUGGAGAUUCAACGAAGAGACGCGUAAGACGGACAGAGACUUCCCAAAACCAAUCAGCAGAUGGGGAAAGAUCCCGCCCUCACCCAAAGGAGCCUUCCUCAGUGACGAUGGCGCAUACACCUAUUUCUACAAAGGCGCCGAUUACUGGCGGUUUGACAACCACAAGACGGUAGCAGACAAAGGCUACCCGCGCUCCAUCCUCAAGGAUUUCAUGGGCUGCGCGGGUGUCCCCGAGCCUCAGCCAGACCCAGACAUUGAGCCCCGAGCUGAAGACGAACCCGCUAAGCCCUCAGACAGAGGAGAGGAGGAUGAGUGCAAAGAGGCGCACUGUGGGAAGGAUGAAAACACGGCACCCGAAAAGGAUGGGGAGGAGGAAGACAAAGAAGUGAACGUGGUGGUGACGGUGGCCGACGACGCAUCCAAAGUUAUGACGUUAAUCGUGGUGGUGGUUCCUCUGGUGCUCAUCCUGUUCAUCCUGGUCCUCAUCUACGCCAUCCUUCGGACUCUGCAGAACAAAGAGACCCCCAGGGCCCUGGUGCACUGCAAGCGCUCGUUGCAGGACUGGGUGUGACGCACACUGACAGAUAGAUGCGCUAUUUUGUUCUCCGCAGUGUUUUGGUAGGAAAAUGGUUUGAUUAUGGCUAUUUUGCCAUGGAUAAUAAUCAGCAACCUGUGAAAUGGUUACUAUAGUGCCUGCGGAGCUAGUUCACAAUCGUACGUCCUUUCCCUCGUGCCUUUUUCCGGUUCAUUCGGUCCCUUUUUCUCAGCUGCCGCAGACGUACUGUGAAAAGACACACGGGCGCAAUAGGAAGAAACUCUUUUUAAUCAUUUGUAGCCAUACAGAGGUUAGGAGAGACACGUGUCUUUUUCCGCAAUGAUUCAGCAAUGGUCACACAUCUUCAUUUGCACUUGGAUUCUCUUUACGCUGUUGCUGCUCGCUCUGCUUGCUGUUGCUCCCUCGCGGGCGCGUGCGAAAGCGCUCUCAACGCGCACACCGAGCAGGGGUCGUCCUUCCAGCGGCGCAGGAAUGUCAGACAACACACGGGCCCCAAACAUCACAUGAUCUCAAACGCCCCGAAAGAGAGAAGACGCAUACGGAGCGCUCACCUAAAUACAGAGAUCCACUUUGUGGUAUUGAACGAGCCACUCCUUUUGCUUUAACUUCAAACGGAAUCUGUUUCUUACCCUAAAGCAAGAUAGCGGUCCGUGACAAUGAGGUGUUGAAUAUGUGCCGACGACAGAAGAACAGGCCAGGUUGUGGUUUCCAUUCGAGGGCCGAAUACUGCUAAGUUAGUCACGCCGGCACAUGAAAAAGGGAGAGAGAAAUGUCAAAGAAGAAAUAACAAUGUCGAGGAGGUGAUGAGGGGGGAAGCGAAGGGUCUGCCAGAUUUUUUGUUUUUUUUUUUCCCUUGGAAAAGGAGGAGUGACGGAAGAAAAGAAAGGGGGAGGAGCAGCGCUGGCGUUGUGCCUCUUGACCUACAUGACUCAAAUCCCACUCCUCUUCUUUUCGGUUUGUUGCCAUUAGCAGGAGAUGACUUCCUCUCGCAACUCCUCCCCCCCCCCCUCGUCUAUCUUUGUCCACAAAUUCUUCGUCUCACUCUGCGUUUUUUUUUUUGGGGUCCCAUAUGUGUUCAAUUGAUCUCCAUUCUUCUGUAACAUGAACCUGAAGAAUGUCAAAAGACUGAUGCCCGUUCUGCACUCUUUGCAGAUUCAACGUGAAAAGGCCAAAAUCGCAUGCUACGCUCCUUCGCAUUUGCCUUCUGUGGAUUCUUACUUUUAUAUUCAACUUUAUUUGUAGUUUUGUACACUCGAGCAGUUUUAUAUUCCAAAAGAGUUCAUGCAUGCAGAGCAUGUUGUGUAUCGGGGCCUGCAUGCUCCUGUGUGGCGUUUGUUACAAAAUGGAGAAUAAAAUUCACUGGUGAAUGUUAAA